AUGGCUCCCUCAGACGGCGAGAUCGUUCCCGGAAGUGUCUACCUAUAUCAGCCUGUUAAAUGGGCCCCUCCUAUGUUCGCCGUGUGGUUCGCAAUCGCUACCCUUGCGCAUGUUUGGCAAUGCUUCAAGUACAAGGCCUGGAAAGUCACUGGUCUCCACCCCUUCUGCGGUCUACUGUUCACAGCUGGCUUUGUCGUACGUUCCUAUGGGGCCUUUAAUUACGAAAAGAUCGGAGCAUACGUCGCGAGCUCUAUCCUCAUAUUAUGUGCACCCCCCAUCCUUGAGCUGGCCAACUACCAUGUGCUUGGUCGAAUACUCUACUACGUACCAUACCACUCACCUCUGCAUCCCGGCCGUACCCUUACGACGUUUGGCGCAAUAUCCAGCAUCGUUGAAGUUUUGAACGCGAUCGGCGUCUCCUGGCUAGCGAACCCCAACAUUCUCGAGAUCUAUGCCGACAUCGGACAUAUCCUGAUGAAGGUGUCACUGAUCUUACAAAUCGGUGUCAUCCUCCUCUUCUGCAUAAUUGCCGGCGUCUUUCACAGACGAUGUAUCAGGGGUGGCAUCAAAUCGGGGAAAGUACAGGGCCCUCUCAUCACACUGUACAUCAGUCAGGGCCUCAUCCUGAUUCGCACAGUCUACCGCUGCGUCGAACAUUUCGGCAUCAGCCGCGUACCAACAAAUCCGUCAAAAGACUGGGAUCCCGUGAGUCUCUCGCCAAUCGUUCGAUACGAAUGGUUCUUCUGGGUUUUCGACGCGAGCUUCAUGCUCGUAAACACCGUGCUGUGGAACUAUCGCCAUCCGCGUCGCUACCUACCGGAGGACUACCAUAUCUACUUGGCUCAGGAUGGGCAGACCGAGCUGGAAGGCCCAGGUUGGAAGGAUGACAUGCCGUGGUUUAUGACCUUUAUAGAUCCGUGCGGACUUACUGCGUCAAUUACCGGUGGUGGUCGAAGGGCAGAGAUACCAUUCUGGGAGAAUAAUGGCUAUGAAACUUUCGAACUCUUUCAAAGAGACACUGGUGACGUAGGAGUUAAAGCCUGA